GCCAAGGACCUGCUCAUGCAGUACAACGUCAGGCUGGUCAUCAACAUCGCCAAGCGCUACGUCGGCAACGGCAUCGACAUUGUGGACCUCAUCCCAGAGGGCCUGGUGGGGCUCAGCAAGUCGCUGGACCGCUUUGACGCCUCCAAGGGCUUCAAGUUCUCCACCUACGCACACUGGUGGAUCCGCCAGUCCAUCUCCCGCGCCGUGUGCGACCAGGCGCGCGUGGUGCGGCUGCCCAGCCACGUGUGCGAGACGCUGUACCGCAUCAACCGCGCCAUCACGUCCAUGACGGAGCAGCGCGACGAGAUGCCCAGCUAUGAGGAGAUUGCGGCCGCCGUGGACCUGCCGGUGCGCCGCGUCAUCCACUACCUCCGCCUCUCCAAGCUGCCUGGCGGCGCCGCGUCGGCCCGCGACCGCCCCACCCAAUACCUCUCUGGCUCCUCGCUCAAGGAGGUGACGUACGAGGCGCUGGAGGACUGCGCGGAGGAUGAGGACCCCGGGGAGGAGGGGGAGGAGGAGGAGGCGCAGCACGAGUCCAUCCGCCAGAUGACCGACCUGCUGCUGUCCACGCUGGAGAAGCGGGAGCGCAACAUCCUGCGCCUGCGCUACGGCCUGCUGGGGUGGGGCCCUGCGGCUGGCGGCCUGUCCUGGGACGACAACGUGGAUGGCGGCAGCAUGAGCCUCGGAGAGGUAGCCAGCGCGUAUGGGCUCAGCAAGGAGCGUAUUCGCCAGAUUGAGGACAAGGCGAUGCGGGCGCUGCGCAAGCCCUGGCGCCAGCAGCUGGCCCAGGAGAUCAAGUUUGGGGAGCCCAUCAGCCCCAGCAACCUCUCCCACUUGGCCUCGGCGCAGCAGAUGGCGACGGAGGAGGGCAGCUGGCCCUGAGCGGGACGUGCCCCGGCCAAACCCAACCUGCGUCGCUGCAGCACAGCGGCGGCGGCAACCCACGCAACGGCACCAUUCAACGAAUGAACACACUGGCCCAGGUGACCAAAAAACCACGCCUCCCCGAGAAGACCACUGCCCCUCACCCGGGGCGCCAUUUUGCCCCUUCCAGCCACCCGCCCACCGUGCCCGCUGCAGUCGGCGUGCGUGUUUUUUGUGUCUGUCACUAUGCUUUGCCUCCUCAAUAUGCC